UCUCGAACGUCCCGCAGAAGCUCUCCCGGUUUCCGAGCUUGGCGCAGCAGUAUUUCACGAACAUUCGGAACCACCUCAACAGCCUUAUGCCUCAAGAUGCCUAAGAAACAACAACAACAACAGCAAAAACAGAAACAAGACAACAGUCAGCACGAUGUAGAACUGAGCCGGCUCGUGCGACACUCCCCUCUCCCUCCUCCUCAUCAUCCACAGCUGCGAUCCCGAUCCCCUUCUCCCUCCUCCCCUAACGGCAGCAUCCUCGAGUUGCCCAACGUGCCAUCCUAUCCACGCCUGCCGCCCAUCGUCAGCUCCCCUUCCAAGCAACCCAGACCCCUAUCACAUCAGCUGUCUGGUCUAUCUAACCCAGCAUUCUUCAUCGAAGAUGACUCAGACAUCUCAGCAAUAAGACCUGCAGCUCACCUCUGACCCCGAGUUUGCUCAGAUCAUAGACGGGUAAGGUAAAGAGCCGCACGGAGCUAAGGUGUUCCAAAGGACUGAAAUAUACUGAUGCCAUCUAUUUUCUUCAUCACUUUGAUGAAGUCUGUCAAAUGACUGUUGACAGAAGUGUGCCAGUGAAUCAUGAGCCAGAUUAACCAGAUUGUUUGGCUUGCAAGAUUAGUAAACUAGUCCUUCACUACCAGGGC